AUGGAUGCGACAUCGCUUAUUCUACUCUCAUUGUUCCUUCUCAUAAUCAUUGUCGGAGUGGUGGUGGCCGUAGUUGUGUAUGCUAAAAGCACACCCGACGUUCCUGUGCAGAGUCUAGGCAACACGUCGACGACAUCUAGUACUGGCAAUACGAGUGUGCAGACGCAAAACCAAUCAACGGGGACUGCUGGAAGCGAUGGCGAAGGCGGUGGUGACGAUGACUCUGGGAUUGAUGGCGAAGGCGGUGGUGACGAUGGCGCGGGGGGCAAUGGCAGUAUCGUGGGGAUCGAUCCGUCUGUGAAGCUGUGCACGAGCAGUGGCACGAAAAACAUUAGCGAUACAAUCAUUGUAGAGAGUGGUGAGACGUACGACGGGAAAUGCCAGACCAUUGUGCCCAGCGGCGCUAUGGGUGACGGCAGCCAGGCCGAGGAUCAGAAACCAUACUUUAAGCUCUAUCCCGGCGGCACCAUCAAGAACGUCAUAUUGUCCGCAAACGGGCUCGAUGGCAUCUGGUUUGUGAGCAAGAGUACGUCAAAGAGCGAUACGUGGACCCUCAACAAUGUCACCUGGACAGACGUGGGCGAGGACGCGUGCUCGUUCCGCGAGGAGGCCAGGGACGGGACGCUGAACCUCGUCAACUGCUCAAUGUCAAAGGCAAAGGACAAAAGCAUCCAGGCCGGCAACUCGUUCGUGGGCACUAUCAACCUCGUCAACACGCACAUGUUUGACAAUUACCAGACAUUCAGAGUCGGAGUGGAGCCACAGACGUACCGCGCCACGAACUGUGAGCUGAAAGGCACCAACCUCAUUUACGGGGGCGCGUACCAGGGGCCGUGCAACGGUGUGGCCAAGUUUGAGUUUACAAGCUGCAAACUGGGCGGUGGCAUCCACAAGCUCUGCGAUCCCGCGAAGCAGGUCAAAUACACAAACUGUGAGGGUCCCUAA